AUGAGCAGCGACUGCAACUUCGUGUACACACUACCAGAGUAUGUCCUUGACCGGACUGUAAUUAUUAAUGGUAACCAUGAGCACCGCGUUAGUGGCUUUAAACUGGCAAAGGCCAGUGACUACUUUAAACGUCAGUUAAUUGAAUUACGAAGGGGUGAGCUCGAAAAAUCUCGAAUUCGGGAAGAUGAAAAACAGAAGCAUCCUCGCCGAGCACGUGCUCGAAGUCUUUGUGAUCUGCAGAUAGAGCCACUACAUGUCAACUAUGAUGAUCUGAUCGGAUUCGAAAUGAUGUUGUCCUUUACUCAUUGCUCUGAAGAGGCAAGAUGCGACUUAACCAAGUCCUUAAAUAGUAAACAACUCGUCUCAAUUCUAAAGGCGGGAACCCACUUUGAAGUUCCAGAUUUUGUGGAAUAUUUUAUUGAUGCUAUGAAACAAAAACUGACAACACAAAAUGUCUGGGACUACUGGACUGCUCUGGAGCCGAUUUCAGAUAUCGCACCUGAUUUAACAAAUUUUAGCAGAAAUUUCCUGCUCAAACACUUCCUUGAGACUUGCUCAAGUGACGAGUUUCUUUUACAGACAGCUGACAAACUAAAGCUCCUCCUUCGUGAUGACGCCCUAAAUGCUUCAAAUGAACUGGAACUUUUCAGACAGCUGGAGCGGUGGGUCGCGGUUGACCCGAUAAAACGAAGUGCUCAUUUUGGUGGACUUCUUGCUUGUUUACGUCUGGGUCGCCUGACCGCGGCUGAACUUGAUGAAAUCAAGGCGAGCAUUUAUGUUUCCGAGAAUCAGCAGGACUGCAGCAGAAUUCUCUCUAUCGCUCAGUCCAUCGUGGAUUCUAACACCACUGGCGUAAAUCCGUCUGCACAACAGUCUGGUGAUGAUGCUGAAAUCCUGACGUACUUGAAGCGGCCACGUCUUCCACAUGCGGCGAUCUUCGUGGUUGGAGGGUGGGAAGGAAAUCAAGACGAUCCUAACUUUGGCCCUUCCAGAGCAAUCCAAGUUUACAAUUCUCGAAGUGAUACAUGGCGUCGAAUUGCCAGUGAUGGAAUAGCCUUAGAUGAAGGUCACGCCUAUUCGGGUUGUGUGCUUUACAAGAAUAGGAUUUACAUAAUCGGCGGUUAUAUUUCUAGUGGGCCUACUCAAAUGCUCAAAGUACUUGAGUUAGCAACAGGAACGUGGAGGUACCUCUCCCCAAUGCACGAAAAGCGUAACUACAUUUGUGCUUGCCUCUUAGACAAUGCCAUAUACGCAUUGGGUGGACACAACGGCCGUCAUCGCUUGAACACGGUGGAACGUUACGAUCCAGAACAGAAUAACUGGACAUUUGUUUCCCAGAUGAGACAAGUGCGAAGCGACGCGGGAGCUGACUCUUUGAACGGAAAGAUAUAUGUGUGUGGCGGAUUUGAUGGGCACCACUUCUACGAUUCUGUGGAGUGCUAUGACCCUAAGGUUGAUCAGUGGACCCUCUUAGCCCCAAUGCAGAAUAUUCGAAGUGGUGUUAGUGUAAUUGGCUUCAAUAACUGUCUCUACGCAAUUGGUGGUAACGAUGGUCUGCAGCGACUGAGAACAGUUGAACGAUACGAUCCAGAAACCAACCAGUGGCAAACAAUGCCUUCAAUGAUCAGACAGCGGAGUAAUUUCUGUAUUGUCGCAAUGGACGACAGCAUAUACGUAAUGGGUGGAUGGAGCGAUGAAACAAACUCGACCAUUGCUCUAGUUGAGAAGUGGGUUCCUGGAAUGCAAAAUUCUUGGGAACAAACAAAGGAACUUUACCUGCCAGCCAGUGCUAACUGUUGCUGUGGGAUAAAAGGCCUUGAUGUAAUAAAGAAUUUCCUCUGA